AUGGCCGAAAGCUCCAAGGAAGAGCUGACACCGCAGCAGGUGCAAGCAACAUACCAGCAGAUAGAGAAGGAAUGCUCCGUCAUGAUUAACAAGAUCGCAGAGCUCGAGCAAGAGCUCAACGAGCACGCUUUGGUGAUCAAGGCUUUUGACAAAGUCGACUCCACGAGAAGAUGCUUUCGCAUGGUCGGUGGCGUUCUGGUAGAGCGCACUGUCGCAGAGGUCAGACCAGCUGUCGAGUCCAAUUUGGAGAAGAUACAGCAGGCCGUGAACCAGCUCCAGGAACAACUCAAAAAGAAAACUGAGCAAAGGACACAAUUCAUUCAGAAGUACAACUUGAAUCAGCAGAAACAGGCCGCUCCUACUCCAGCACCCGAAGCUGACGCCUCCAGCAAGGGUGGGGGAAGCGUUCUUGUUUGA